AUGAUUAAAUCAAGAAAUCAUCAGCUUAUACUACUGAAGAUCUUGAGCACUUGUCUCUUCAAUCUUUCUUUACAGGACAGCAACCUACGAGUCGGGUUUUACGCUGACAGCUGCCCUGCUGCCGAGGCUGUCGUCGGCGACGUUGUCCGGGAAGCAGCUGCUGCAGAUGGAAACAAUGUCCCCAUCUUGGUCAGGCUUCAUUUCCAUGACUGCUUUGUGGAGGGCUGCGACGGAUCGAUUCUGAUCGACAAUGGGCUGGAUUCGGAUGAGAAGAAGGCGAUGGGGCAUCAAGGAGUAAGAGGGUUCGACAUUGUCGAGAGGGCGAAAGCCCGCCUCGAAAUGCUCUGCCCCGGGACUGUUUCUUGCGCUGACAUCGUUGCCUUGGCUGCGAGAGAUGCUAUCUCCUUGGCGAAAGGAGGGCCGAGGUAUGCGGUGGAGACGGGGCGGAGGGAUGGUGUUGUCUCGAACCGGAGCGUGGCGGAGGAGAACAUGCCCGACGUCGGCGACUCGGUUCAGAAGCUUAAGGCUAAGUUCAUGGAGAAAGGCCUCACAGCACACGACCUCGUCCUCCUAAGUGCGGCGCAUACCAUCGGCACCACCGCCUGCUUCUUCAUGAACCAGAGGCUAUACCACUUCCCACCGGACGGGUCGGGACCCGACCCGUCGAUAAACCCGGAUUUCCUGCCGGAGCUCAUGUCCGUCUGCCCGCCGGACGGCGACGUCAACGCUCGGCUGGCGAUCGACCGCGGCGGCGCAGAGACGUUCGACUCGCAGAUCCUGCAGAACAUCAGGAACGGCUUCGCCGUGCUCCGAUCCGACGCGGCGCUGUAUCAAGAUACAGACACCAGAGGCGUCGUCGACUCCUACUUCGGGUUUCUGAGCCCGUUUUUUGGCCCGAAUUUCGAAGCUGACUUCGCAGCUUCCAUGGUGAAGAUGGGGAGGAUCGGUGUGCUCACCGGAUCGCAGGGGACGAUCAGAAGAGUCUGCUCGUCUGUUGUUCUACCCAACUAAUAAAAUUAUAUAUAAAUGAUUACCGAAUUAUUUAUAAUACCAUAAAAUAGAUCUUUUCUUUUUUUAAUUAAGAAUGUAGUUUUCUUUUACUAAUAUUAAUUAUUAUUUCUAUAGUUUCUUCUGGGUUGGCAGAUGUAAAUAGCUAAAGAGUACAGUACAUCUGGAUUGUUAAUUACCUUUGAUUCUGGCACUGAUGAACCGCAUUUGGUGCGAAGUUCAUGGCGAUUCUUGCAUAUUCAACCUCAGCCAUCA